AGGGUUGAGGGUUUUUUCUGCAUUACAGUUUUCGAUUUUUUUGUCAAUAAAUCGAGAGGUAAUGUGGAGCUAAGGCCCAAAACGUCAAAAAGGGUUGGAUCGUUCGUCUCAAAGGGUUUCAAUCAUGGGGAAGGAGAAUGCUGUUUCUGGAAACACUAUACCAAUCCAUGGUCGCCCUGUAACUCGUGCUCUUGCCUCUGCUCUGCGUGCUUCUUCUAAGCUGAUAACAUCUUCUCAAGUGGCUGCUACAACACAGAACCAGGGACGUGUUCUUAGAGCAAAGAGUAAAAGAGCAGCCUUGGAUGAGAAGAAAGCCAAUGCACCUAAGAAGCGAGCUGUUCUUAACGAUAUCACUAAUGUUACCUGCGAGAGUUCUUACACGAAUUGCUUCAGUGUUGCGGUGGAGAAUAUCAAGCAGAUAAAGAAGGGACGACCGAGUUCUUCUUCUUCCAAGGUGGCAUCUUCUUCGGCUACUUCACAAGUUACAGAUGCAAAGGUUGUGUCAAAUUCAGCAGGAGAAAGCUUGUCUGGUUGUACAGAUACAAGCUUAGGCACAAACGAAGCAUCUUAUAGCUUUAUCCCAAAGCUGAGUUCCAGAUUGCCUCGAAGACCCCUUGGGACAGUUGAGAGAAGUUGUGCGGCAAGUAGCUCGAAAUUCGUUGACAUUGAUUCAGAUGAUAAAGAUCCUCUGCUCUGUAGCCUUUAUGCACCUGAUAUCUACUACAACCUACGUGUUGCUGAGCUUAAUCGCAGACCAUUUCCUGAUUUUAUGGAGAGAACACAAAGAGAUGUGACUGAGACAAUGCGGGGAAUUCUUGUUGAUUGGCUUGUAGAGGUCUCAGAGGAAUACACACUUGUACCUGACACUCUCUACCUCACAGUGUAUCUCAUAGACUGGUUUCUCCAUGGAAACUAUGUUGAAAGACAGAGACUUCAAUUGCUUGGCAUCACUUGUAUGCUCAUUGCUUCGAAAUAUGAGGAAAUCAAUGCGCCACGAAUUGAGGAGUUCUGCUUCAUCACGGAUAACACUUACACAAGAGAUCAGGUCCUGGAAAUGGAGAGCCAAGUAGUCAAGCAUUUUAGCUUUCAAAUAUACACCCCCACUUCAAAAACAUUCCUCAGGAGAUUUCUUCGAGCAGCUCAAGUUUCUUUCCCGAAUCCAAGUCUGGAAAUGGAGUUUCUGGCGAAUUACCUAAUGGAAUUGACGUUAAUGGACUACCCUUUCUUGAAGUUCCUUCCUUCGAUCAUCGCUGCUUCGGCUGUUUUUCUUGCCAAGUGGACAUUGAACCAAUCAAGCCACCCUUGGAAUCCAACUCUUGAGCAUUACACAACGUACAAAGCCUCUGAUCUCAAAGCAUCUGUCCACGCCUUGCAAGAUCUGCAGCUUAACACCAAAGGAUGUCCCUUAAACUCUAUACGCAUGAAGUAUAGACAGGACAAGUUCAAAUCCGUGGCGGUAUUUAGUUCAACAGAGCUACCGGAGAAGCUAUUCAUCUCCUAAGCGAUAUAACACACAAUCUGUAGUAACAUUUUCUGAUGGUCCACAUUCAUCUGUCUGUCAAAUAAAACAGUGUUGUCUUU